AUGCCAUCAUUAUCUUCUUGGUUCUUCACAACACUUCUAUGCUUCUUAGAUGUCACUUUUGCAGGCGACCCUUAUGUUUUUUACGAUUGGACCGUAUCCUAUACCUCAGCCUCCCCCCUUGGAAUUAAACAAAAGAUCAGGGCAAGGGACAAAGCUUGUGCUGUGGUCUGGAGUUCUGUUUGUGUGACUGGAUUGACAUUGAUAAGUAACUAUGAAAAGAAUGAGAAGAGAGUACAUUAUGAACCUGAAAUUUUGGUUAUUGGGAUCAAUGGACAAUUUCCAGGACCAACUCUGAAUGUCACCACAAACUGGAAUGUAGUUGUCAAUGUCAAGAACAAUCUUGAUGAGCCAUUACUACUAACAUGGAAUGGUAUACAACAUAGGAAAAACUCUUGGCAGGAUGGAGUUUCAGGAACUAAUUGUCCAAUCCCAGCAGGGUGGAAUUGGACGUAUGAGUUUCAAGUUAAAGAUCAGAUUGGGAGCUUUUUCUACUUCCCUUCCCUAAACUUCCAGAAAGCUGCAGGAGGAUAUGGAGGAAUCAUCAUAAACAACCGACCAGUUAUUCCUGUUCCCUUUGGAUUGCCAGAUGGAGAUAUUACCAUAUUUUUAAGUGACUGGUACACCAGGAGUCAUAAGGAUCUGAGAAAAGACAUUGAAAAUGGGGUUGACCUUGGAGUUCCUGAUGGAGUGCUUAUUAAUGGACUAGGUCCUUAUCGCUAUGAUGACAGUCUUGUCCCGAGUGGCAUUUCUUACCAAAUAAUAAAUGUGGAACCAGGGAAAACAUAUCGCCUACGGGUUCACAAUGUGGGUAUCUCAACAAGUUUGAAUUUUAGGAUACAGAAUCACAACUUGCUUCUUGUGGAGACUGAAGGAUCAUACACAGUUCAGCAAAACUACACAAACAUGGAUAUUCAUGUGGGUCAGUCAUAUUCAUUCUUGGUCACAAUGGAUCAAAAUGCCAACACUGAUUACUAUAUUGUUGCCACGCCUCGGUUUGUUAAUUCAUCAUGGGCCAGAGCUACUGGAGUUUCCAUUUUGCACUACUCUAAUUCUCUGGGACCUGCUUCAGGCCCUCUUCCCAGUCUUUUGGGUGAGGAUGAUCCUUCCUUUUCAAUAAAUCAAGCAAGAUCAAUAAGGUGGAAUGUGUCUGCUGGUGCUGCACGUCCAAACCCACAGGGUUCCUUCAAAUAUGGUGAUAUUACUGUCACCGAUGUAUAUGUUAUUCUUAAUAGACCUCCAGAGCUUAUAAAUGGAAAGUGGCGAACUACCCUUAAUGGUAUAUCAUACUUACCACCUUCAACACCCCUGAAGCUUGCGCAACAAUUUAAAAUUCUAGGGGUGUACAAGAUUGAUUUUCCAAAUAGAUUAAUGAACAGACCCCCAAAAGUUGAUACUUCUCUCAUUAAUGGCACUUACAGAGGUUUUAUGGAAAUAAUUUUUCAAAACAAUGACACCACAGUCCACAGCUACCAUUUGGAUGGCUAUGCAUUCUUUGUUGUAGGCAUGGAUUUUGGAGUAUGGACAGAAAAUAGCAGAAGUACUUAUAAUAAAUGGGAUGGUGUGGCUCGCUGCACUACACAGGUCCUUCCUGGUGCUUGGACGGCCAUAUUGGUAUCUCUUGACAAUGCCGGUAUUUGGAACCUUCGUGCAGAGAAGCUCAGCUCUUGGUAUCUGGGCCAAGAGGUUUAUGUGCACGUUGUAAACCCAGAGAAAGACAAUAAUGAAAAUACUUUGCCUGACAAUGCAAUUUUCUGCGGCUUACUUUCCUCCCUUCAAAAGGAUCAAUCUCACAAGUUUCAGUUCUCUGGGGGAUCACCUUUUUGCAGCAAUUCUAUAAUUUUGUUAUUCAUGCUAUUUCUAGCAUUACUUGAAAGUUUAUUUGGUAUGUGGAGUGUUGAACUUUAA